UUCGACAUAACUUGCGUUCGUUACGUGUAGAAAUUAAUCAAAAAGUCUGUGAAAAUUGUGCAAAUCAUUAUAGGAAAAAUAGUAAAAAGCUCACAACUUCUGCACGACGAACAAUAAAGCGAACGCAUUAACUCAGAAUCGUGAAUGAAAAGCAAAAAAUAAAAUUGAAUAACAAAAAUCGAAAGUGCAAACAUAAUUUCAUGAACGUUGGCAUAAUAGAAUUAAGGGAGAAAAGCACAAUUCACAAUUGGAUAACAAUUACUGUGAGAUAUUUGGCAUGUUAAGUGUGUUCGAUGCCAGUGCGGUUAAGUGUCGUCUAUGGCCGAGUCCGUUAAAAGUCAAACGCUCUCUGCAUUGACGGAGGGGCAGCACGACGGUAGUAUCACAACAACAACGUUAACAAGCAAUACACAACGUGCCCGAAAUAGUAAAUUUAAGAACGUAGCGCAUAAAAAACGUAGCACAACAACAGCAGCAGCAACAACAACAACAACAACAAUUAGUCCUGCUGCUGCCGCAUCCUCCAUCACAGCAAACGUACGUCGUUCCCGGGGCAAGGGGCAGAACCCAUCAACAGAAACCCAUACUACAACAAAUAAACAUAAUUAUACUAAGAACAACAACAACAACAGCAGCAGCAGCAAGGAAACAGUCGCACAAACUCAUCGACGUUCUGCUGCAUUUGGCUCUAUAAACAAUUCACCCGCAUACUCUCCGAACUCUAACGACUCGUCCUUAUCGCCGGGCAGUCGCAAGCGUCAACAUCAGCUCAGCAAUAACAACAACAACAACAACAGUAAUAGCAACAACAACAACGAGCGCAGCAACAAUCAUUCUGCGCCCGGUGGAGAUCAGUACGUGGAGCUAAAUUCACCGCUAAAGAAGCGUCGUGUGCAGCAGCAGCAGCAGCAGCAGCACCAACCGCAGCCGCUGACGUCAGCCAAAGACGUAGAUACAAAUAAAAGGUCAACAGCAGCUAUUGCAGCGGCGACAAACGCUGAGGUAACAACACCACGUCAGGCAUCUGGUGGUGACUGCGUUGCGCAGCGCACACGCUCUAAGACCUUAACACCCGAGGAGUUGCCCUGCACCAGCAGCGCAGCAGCAGCACGUCACAACAGCCACAAGCAACAGCUGCAGGCGGCGGCAUUAGAGAGCAGCAGCAGCAAUUGCAAUCACGUUAUUGGAGUGACGCCUCAGCGCGGCGCAGCUGCACGCGCCGCAGCAGCAGCAAGUACUACACGUAACAACAACAAUAGCAACAGCAGCAGUAGCAGCAAUCUGCUUAAUUAUUAUCGUAAGACGCGCAAGGUCAGUCAUACACGUGCCAAGCCUACCACAUCAGCAUCCACAACAACAUCAGAACGUCUCGAGGACUCUUGCAAAAAAAGUGAGAGCAACAACACCCGCCUGCAAGCCAGCAGCUCAUCAGUGAUUGCAGCUGCGGCAGUCAUAGAGACGAAUAGCAACGUUUCUAUAAAGCGUCUGGACAAAAAGACCAACAGCAACAAGAACAGCAAAUAUCGCAAAAGCUUGCGCAACUAUCAGCAACAGGUGAUACCCAAAACCGACGGGGCAACAACUGCAGUUGUAUCUGGCGCAGCCGAGGAGAGCACAGAAUACGGCGCCGAGCAUUCACUACGGUCAUCGUCGGAGGCCGAGGCAAAUAGCCUAGACGCCAACAACGAUAGUGUGCCCGUCGAAGGCAACGCCCACUCGGACGUUGAAGCUGACGAGGACGAGCAGGACGAAGACGAGCAAGAGGAAGAAGCCGAAGGGGAGGAGGUGGGCUUUUUCGAAAUUGUAAACUCUGUUGAGGACGCUCAAAUCGUUGCCGAAGAAGACGAAUUGAGCGAGGAGGAAGACGUCGACGACGAGGACGACGAUCUUGAAGAAGAUUUUGACGAAGAAGAAGAGGAGCUCUCCGAGGGUGAAUUUGCGGAACAUAUUAUUGGUGAACUUGGUGGACCACGAACAGCGCCGCCUAUUAUCUAUCAACAGCAGCGUUACGCGGCAGCAACAUUUGUACCACCACAAUCCCAGCAGCAACACCAGCAACAGACAUCCUACACAGCGCAGCAACAACAUUCAUCACUGCGCCGCAGCUCACGUGGCAAAACGGGUUCCUGUGUGAGUUCAGCAGGAGGCGCACAGCAGCAGCAGCAACAACAUCAUUUGCAACAACAACAUCAACUAGCAUCAGCAGCUGGAGUUGUAGUUGCACCCGGCUCAGCUGCUGCUGCUGCAGCGGCGGCGGCGGCGGCCACAUUACAGCAGCAACAGGUUCCGCCAAACCAAUAUCAAUACCAUCAGCAAUUGGGCGGCAAUACGGUUGUUGUUGCAGUGCGGCAGCAGCAGCAACAGGCUGUUCUACAGCAGCAGCAACAACAACUACACCAACACCAACACCCAGCGCUGCAUCAGCAGCAGCAACGUGCAACAAUUGUGCAGCCUGGCUUUUUAUUCAGCUAUCGCAGCGAACAGAAUCACCAUCACCAACCACAGCGGCAGCAUCAACAGCCAGCCCAUAAAGCGACGCAUAGCAGUGCAGCUUCGGAUGCUUUAACAUAUAGUUUGAUGGCACAACAGCAACAUCAACAAGCUCCAAAUGGACCGCCGAAUGCUGGUGGACAACAACUGACGUCAGGUUCCAAUUCUGCAAAUUUGAGCAUUGUAGCAGCCGCUCUAAGCGCCGCACGUGAUUCGGUCCCUGCGGUCAACGUGAACGCGAGCAGCGCAGUGGGCGCCACAAGCAGCAGCAGUACGGGCAGCGGCGUCGGUGUCGGCGCCACGGCCAGCGCUAGCAGCAAUGUAACUACAAAUGCAACGGCUGCACAGCCAUCGACAACAGCUGGAGCCGGAUCAAGUGGAGUGGGUGGGACUAGCGCUGGUGCUGCUGCCGCCGCCGCCGCCGCUGCAGCUGCAGCUGAUUCCGAGAGCGAUGACAGUGAGGUGGGACGACUGCAGGCACUGCUUGAGGCACGCGGCCUGCCGCCACAUUUAUUUGGCGCACUGGGUCCACGGAUGACGCACAUACUUCAUCGCACCAUUGGCAACAGCAGCAGCUCCAAGGCAAAUCAGCUGCUGCAAGGUCUGCAAUCGCACGAUGAAUCCCAGCAGCUGCAGGCGGCCAUCGAAAUGGGCCAAAUGCUGGUCAUGGGCAAUGAGGAUACACUAGCGGGCUUCCCAGUGAAGCAAGUGGUGCCGGCCCUAAUACAACUGCUGCGCAUGGAACACAACUUUGAUAUCAUGAACAAUGCCUGCCGUGCCUUGGCCUACAUGCUGGAGGCGCUUCCGCGCUCCGCGGGCACUGUGGUCGAAGCUGUGCCCGUGUUUCUGGAGAAGCUGCAGGUUAUCCAAUGCAUGGACGUGGCAGAGCAGAGCUUAACUGCGCUCGAGAUUCUCUCGCGCCGCCAUAACAAGGCCAUAUUGCAAGCGAACGGGAUUAGUGCCUGUCUCACGUACUUGGACUUCUUCUCGAUUGUGGCUCAACGCGCCGCCCUGUCCAUAACCGCCAACUGCUGCCAGAAUAUGCACGCCGAGGAGUUUCAUUUCGUUUCGGAAAGUUUGCCGCAGCUGGCGCGCUUGCUCUCGCAGCAGGACAGGAAGUGCGUGGACAGCGUCUGCACUGCCUUUUGGCGUCUGGUGGAGAGCUUUCCGCAUGAUGGCAAGCGCUUGCAGCAGAUUGCUAGUCCCGAUCUGCUUAAGAACUGCCAGCAGCUGCUGGUGAUGACUCCGCCCAUACUCAACACGGGCACCUUCACCAACGUGGUGCGCAUGCUCAGUCUGAUGUGUGCCGCAUGCCCGGACUUGGCCAUCUCACUGCUGCGCAAUGACAUUUCAGCAACCUUGCUGUACUUGCUCACCGGCAAUGCGGAGCCGGCGCCUGCUAGUGCCACGCAUGUGGAACUGGUUACACGUCCGCCGCUGGAACUGCUGGAGCUGACGUGCUUGAUUGGUGAGCUUAUGCCCCGUCUGCCGCUGGAUGGCAUAUUUGCUGUGGACGCGCUGUUGGAUCGUCCAACGCUCAACACACAGGAUCAGGUGCAGUGGCAAUGGCGUGAUGAUCGCGGCGCCUGGCAUAACUACUCCACCAUUGAUUCGCGUCUGAUUGAGGCUGCGCAUCAGAGCAGCGAGGAUGAGAUUAAUCUGAGCACCUUGGGCCGCACCUACACGGUAGAUUUCCAUGCUAUGCAGCAAAUUAACGAGGAUACGGGCACCACACGUCCUGUGCAGCGCAAGCUGAAUCCCAACUAUGUGGCACCCGCUACAUCGGCCAAUGCCAAUGCCGGGCAGGAUCUAAGCACAACUGGUGCUGCAGCAGCCGCUGCUGCGGCCGCCGCCGCUGCGGCCGUCGCUACCAGCUCCAACAAUAACAACAACAAUGCCAGCAGCACCAACUCCAAUCAAGUCAAGCGCCGCCCUUCGCUGGAUGCACGCAUUGCCUGCUUGAAGGAGGAGCGCGGCUUGGCUGCCGAUUUCAUCAAACACAUCUUUAAUGUGCUCUACGAAGUCUAUAGCUCCUCCGCCGGCCCCAAUGUACGCUACAAGUGCCUGCGUGCGCUGCUGCGCAUGGUCUACUAUGCCACGCCGGAACUGCUCCGACAGGUGCUCAAAUACCAACUGGUGUCCAGCCACAUAGCCGGCAUGCUGGGCAGCAAUGAUCUGCGUAUUGUUGUGGGCGCACUGCAAAUGGCUGAGAUUCUAAUGCGUCAACUGCCCGAUGUAUUUGGCACGCAUUUUCGUCGUGAGGGCGUCAUCUAUCAGUUUACACAGUUGACCGAUCCCAGCAAUCCCAUAUGCUCUAAUCCCUCACCCAAGCCUUUGUCCACGCCCACUGCCAAUGCGGGUGGGUCACAAAGUGCACCCGCCUCGGCAAAUAGUCUGCAAGUGAAUCCUUUCUUCAUGGACAAUGUCACCGCACCCGCCACAGGCUCCAGCAGCGCCAGCGCCACACCCAGCAGCUCCAAGCAUCAAUCUUAUAGCGUCAAGAGCUUCUCGCAUGCCAUGAAUGCACUUACAGCCAGCGCCAAUGCAGUAGCGAAGCAACAACAGCAGCCAGGAGCAGCUGCUGCUUCCUUGGACGUAGCUGCGGGCUACAACUACAGCAGCUCUGCUCCCGCCUCAUCCUCAACAGCAGCAGCCGCAGCCGCGCCCAACAACACUUACUACGUAACCGCCAGUAGCACUACAGCUGGCACCGAUCCGCGUCAAUAUCUGAACUUUCAACAGCCAGCAGUGCCACAAUUGGACAUGCAACAGCAACAGCAGCAGCAGCAGCAACAACAGUCGCCACAGCUUAUGUACAAUAAUAGCAAUCAAGCAUCAGCUGCUAAUUAUCAACAGCAGCAGCACAUGACUGCAGCCAUUGCCUCGACCAGCGCUCAAGCAGCGAAUAGUGGCGCCAGUGGCAAUUGCACUCCCUCAGCUCUGCAGCACAAGAUGACGGACAUGCUUAAGCGGAAGGCACCGCCCAAGCGUAAAUCACAGAGCAGCGGUCGCGCCAAGACCAGGCAGGAAGAUGCAGCAGCAGCAGCUGCCAACACCAACAAUAGCAACAACACCACAGCCAGUUCGGCUAUGCAUGAGCUGCUCAGUCGUGCAACUAGUUUGGGCAGCAGCUCUGGUGGACGCAACACGCCUGGAUCGACCAGCGGUGCGACGGGCAAUUCUAAGUCGCGUUUUAGUGCUGGCAACAACAACAGCAACACCGCAGGCGGUGGCAGCUCCACGAAAUCCUCAUUUUUGGCUUCGCUCAAUCCUGCACGCUGGGGACGUCAGGCGUCGCAUCAUCAUCACCAUCAACAGCAUGCGCAGCAGCAGCAACCGGGAGGACACCAUAGCCUCAGCAAAGAUGGCAGCAGCGCUGCUGCGGGCGGCGCCUGCUCCACGGGUGGCCUGGCCUUUGCCAGUUCGCAGCAUGGCGCAACAGGCAUGAGCGCCGCCGCUGUGGCUGCCAGCAUUAACAAAAGCAUAUCGCAUGCAAAUCUUAUGGCAGCUGCCAAUCGUGAGCGUGCACGUCAAUGGGUGCGUGAGCAGGCCAUUGACUUUGUCAAGCGCUAUACGGAGCAGGAGGCGCGACGCAAUAAGCGCGAGCUGGAAAACGCAGGCGGCGCGACGUCCACUGCUGGUGGCUGCUCCGCAUCGGCUGCCAGCGCUAGCACUUCCUUGUCCAGCACCAGCGUGCUAGAGCGCUUGUCCAGUAUUUUGCUGAAGCUCAAUGGCAGCUAUCAUGAUUGUCUGGAUGCCCUGUUGGAGCUGAAGACGAUUUUGCUGGAGAGCGAUAUAUCGCCGUUUGAGGUUAAUCAUUCGGGGCUAAUCAAGGCCAUGCUCAACUACAUGACCAGCGAGUCGGGUCUGGUGGAGCGUGAAGCGCGUCUGCGCAGCUUUAUGCAUGUCUUUGCCGGCCUGCCGCUGGAGCCAUUGCAGCAGAAUGUUGGCCAGCUGCCCACCAUUGAGCCGCUGGCUUUUGGCGCCUUUGUGGCCAAGCUGAAUGGCUGUGUCACGCAGCUGGAACAGUUUCCCGUCAAGGUGCACGAUUUUCAAGGCGGACCCGGCGGACGCAGUAAUCAGAGUGCGUUGCGUUUCUUCAAUACGCAUCAGUUGAAGUGUAACCUGCAGCGUCAUCCGCAGUGCAACAAUUUGCGUCAGUGGAAGGGCGGCACUGUUAAGAUCGACCCGCUAGCCAUGGUGCAGGCCAUCGAACGAUAUUUGGUGGUGCGUGGCUAUGGAGGCAUUCGCGCUGAUUCGGAUGAGGACAGCGAGGAAGAUAUGGAUGACAAUGUCGCAGCUGUAGUCAUGACCCAAUCGGGCUUCAAGCACAAGCUGCAGUUCCUCAUUGGCGAGCAUGUGCUGCCCUACAACAUGACCGUGUACCAGGCUGUAAAGCAGUUCUCGCCGCUGGUCAAUGAACAGCAUGAAACCGACAAUGAGUCGGAGAUGCUGCUGGGCAAUAGCAGCAUCUGGGUGCAACAGCACACCAUCUAUUAUCGUCCUGUGGAGGAUGAGGCCCAACAGCAUGCUGGUGCUUCGGCCAACAGCAGCAGCAGCAGUCUGCAGACACACAAGCAACAGCAGCAGUCGGGACAUGGCAGCAAUGCCACGUCAAGCUCAUCGCAGACGGCCAACACCUCGUGCUCGUCCACAUCCUCGUCGGCGGCAACGUCGAGUGGCAAAAAGUCGCACAAGUCAAGCCUCAAGUUUAUGCGCAAGAAAACGGAGCUGUGGCAUGAAGGGAUUGCGCCCACUAUGAUGUCGCCUCUGAAGCCAUUCCUCAGCAGCUGCAUGCCCACGGAUGUGGUCACUGUACUGGAUGCUUCGCUAGAUGCUUUGUGCAUGCUGCGCGUGAUUCAUGCUCUCAAUCGCCAUUGGGAGCAUCUUUAUGGUUGUGUGGUGCGUCAGAAUAUUAUUGCGCAGUCGGAGUUUGUGCAUCCGAAAAUCACAGCCAAGGCGAACCGUCAGCUGCAGGAUCCCUUGGUUAUUAUGACAGGCAAUCUGCCGCAGUGGCUGCCACAAAUCGGCAUGGCCUGUCCCUUCCUCUUUCCAUUUGAGACGCGUCACUUGCUAUUCUAUGCCACGAGCUUUGAUCGUGAUCGCGCGUUGCAGCGUCUGUUAGACACCACGCCGGAUCUAAAUGCAGCCGAGUCGUCGGAACGUGUGGCGCCGCGUCUGGAUCGACGCAAGCGUGCAAUUUCGCGUGCCGAGCUACUUAAGCAGGCGGAGCACAUACUGCAAGACUUUGGCAACUCCAAGGCACUGCUGGAAAUACAAUAUGAAAAUGAGGUUGGUACUGGCCUAGGACCCACUUUGGAGUUCUACGCGCUUGUCUCGGCAGAGCUGCAGCGCACUGAUCUCGGCCUGUGGAAUGGCAGCGAUAGCUAUCGCCAGAACUCGGCAACCAUUGUGGAUGUGGUCAAGUCCAGCAGCACCAUUCUGCAUAUUGAGGAUGCCUUGGAAACGGCCAGCGAGCAGCAGCAGCAGCCACAGCCACAGCCUACAGUGGCUGUGGUUAGCACCACCACAACGACAACCACACAUCUUACCCGCUCCAGCAGUCGCACGCAUGCCUUGCGCAAUCAGCAACAGGAGCAGCCAUCGCAGCAACAGCAACCACAAGUGGUGGAGCACAGCUCUUCCAGUGCUGGCUCCAAUGAUAAUGCUUUAAAUAUGAUAAUUGCACAGCAGUUUAGUGAUAUGUCAGCCACAGCCACAGCUGAUGGCAACCUCAAUAGCAGCGCCAUUGAACAACAAACAACUACAACAGUAACUGCCUCAAGCGUUAGCUAUGUGAAUGCAGCGCAUGGUUUGUUCCCACUGCCGCUGGGCAAAUCGUUCAAGCCAUCGCAGAUGAGCAAAACCAAGACCAAGUUCAAGUUUCUGGGCAAAUUCAUGGCCAAGGCGGUUAUGGAUAGUCGCAUGUUGGAUUUGCCUUUUUCAUUGCCAUUCUACCGCUGGCUGGUCAGCGAAGAGCAUUCAAUUGGCCUGGCCGAUUUAUUGCGCGUUGCGCCCGAAGUACAGAAUACGCUGGUGCGUCUGCAAGAUGCAGUGCGUCAGCGUGAGUACAUACAAACUGAUCCCAACAUGGACGCCAUGGAAAAGAAGGAAAAGAUGGAGCUGCUGGAUUUGGAUGGUUGCCCUAUAGCCGAUUUGGGCUUGGACUUUGUUUUGCCCGGACAUGCCAAUAUUGAACUAUGCCGUGGUGGUCGUGAUACGCCCGUAACCGUGCAUAACUUGCAUCAGUACAUCUCGUUAGUCACCUACUGGUUCCUGAUUGAGGGCGUACAAAAACAAUUCGAGUCGCUGCGCGAGGGCUUUGAUUCAGUGUUUCCCAUAUCUCGCCUGCGCAUGUUCUACCCGGAGGAGUUGGAGUACGUAUUUUGUGGCUCGGGCAGCGAACAGCAUCAGCGCUGGGAUCUCAAAAUGCUGCAGGACAGUUGUCGCACCGAUCACGGCUUUCAUCAGGAAUCUCAGGCCAUACAAUAUCUAUACGAGAUACUUACCUCUUAUAAUCGUGAUGAGCAGCGCGCAUUUUUGCAGUUUGUGACUGGAUCGCCGCGUUUGCCAACGGGCGGCUUUAAGUCGCUCACUCCGCCACUGACCAUUGUGCGCAAGACAUUCGAUGGCAAUCAAAAUCCCAAUGAUUAUUUACCAUCUGUGAUGACCUGUGUCAACUAUCUAAAGUUGCCGGACUACUCCAGUCGUGAUGUGAUGCGGCAGAAACUGAAAGUGGCUGCUAACGAGGGCAGCAUGUCCUUCCAUCUGUCUUAAAAAAGAAAGGAAAAAACUAAAUAUAACUAUAUAUCUAUAUAUAUACAUAUAUACCAUGCAAUCCAUAAAUGCCUAUAUUCUAUCAGUCUAUAGAUUAACAGACAGACAAACUGCAGCAAUAACAAAAACCAUCACAGGAGAAAAAAAAAUAGCUUCUAAUUAAUUUUG